UCGUGGCCGGGGGGUUCCCGCGGGGGCAGCGCGGGGGCGGCCGGAGCGCCCGGCCGGUCCCGGCUCAGGCUCCGCCUCCCCCGGGCUUAUGACACUGGAACCUCCUUAAGUUGCGUCUCGCCACAGCUGUCUGUAAGCACUGAGCCGGCUGGCGCCAUCCUGCUCCUUUCAGAAAGAAUGCCUUCCCUGUAAAAAAAAAAAAAAAAAAAAAAAAUAAGGGGGAGAGAGAGAGAGGAGGAAAAAAAGUAGGGAAAACAAAAUAGUGCGAGCGAGCACACUCUGAUCUGAUCAAGCACUUUCAGCUUCAUCCCUCCUGGGUCACAUUCUGCUUCUCCACCAAGAAAACUCGCCGAGCACUUUUCCCCGCCCUGCGCUGCAUAACUCCGGCAGCCUCUCCCGCUCCCAUCUCAAGCCCUCCGCGCCUUGCUGAGGAGGAGGAGGAGGAGGAAGAGCAGCAGCGAGCGCGGAAGAUGGAGGUCUCCACGGACCAGCCGCGGUGGGUGAGCCACCACCACCCGGCCGUGCUCAAUGGGCAGCACCCGGACUCGCAUCACCCCUCGCUUGGCCAUACCUACAUGGACCCCACGCAGUAUCCUCUCGCCGAGGAAGUGGAUGUACUUUUUAAUAUCGACGGACAAGGCAACCCCGUCCCGCCGUACUACGGCAACUCCGUGAGAGCCACGGUGCAGCGGUACCCCACGGCGCACCACGGGAGCCAGGUGUGCCGUCCCCCGCUGCUGCACGGCUCGCUGCCCUGGCUGGACGGGAGCAAGGCGCUGAGCAGCCACCACAGCGCUUCCCCCUGGAACCUCAGCCCCUUCUCCAAGACUUCCAUCCAUCACAGCUCACCGGGACCCCUUUCCGUCUACCCACCCGCCUCCUCUUCCACUUUAUCCGCCGGCCACUCCAGCCCGCACCUUUUCACCUUCCCGCCGACCCCUCCUAAAGAUGUGUCCCCGGAUCCGUCCAUCUCCACCCCCGGCUCCACCGGCUCCACCCGGCAGGACGAGAAGGAAUGCAUCAAAUACCAGGUGUCCCUGGCCGACACCAUGAAGCUGGAGUCCUCUCACUCUCGGAGCAGCAUGGCCUCUUUAGGAGGAGCCACCUCCUCCGCUCAUCACCCCAUCACUACCUACCCACCGUAUGUCCCAGAAUAUGGCUCUGGACUUUUUCCCCCCAGUAGCCUCUUAGGAGGAUCGCCAACCGGCUUUGGGUGUAAAUCGCGACCAAAAGCACGGUCAAGCACAGAAGGCAGGGAGUGUGUAAAUUGUGGGGCUACCUCAACCCCUCUGUGGAGAAGAGACGGCACUGGGCACUAUUUGUGUAACGCCUGUGGACUCUACCACAAAAUGAACGGGCAGAACCGGCCCCUGAUCAAGCCCAAGAGAAGACUGUCUGCAGCCAGGAGGGCGGGCACGUCCUGUGCAAACUGUCAGACCACCACUACCACCCUGUGGAGGAGAAAUGCCAACGGCGAUCCCGUCUGUAAUGCCUGUGGGCUCUACUACAAGCUGCACAAUAUUAACAGACCCCUGACUAUGAAGAAAGAAGGAAUUCAGACCAGAAACCGAAAGAUGUCUAGCAAAUCCAAAAAGUGCAAAAAGGUCCAUGACAACCUCGAAGACUUUCCCAAGAGCAGCUCCUUUAACCCCGCCGCCCUCUCCAGACACAUGUCCUCCAUCAGCCACAUUUCACCCUUCAGUCACUCCAGCCACAUGCUGACCACACCGACACCGAUGCAUCCUCCAUCCAGCCUCUCCUUCGGACCUCACCACCCCUCCAGUAUGGUCACUGCCAUGGGUUAGCAAGAGACUCCCCUGCUGAAUGCUUACAGUCUCAAAAUGAGAUUUACUUUAUAUACUACUUGCAUUUUUGCAGGCGUGUGGUUAUGGGUCUGACGUCCCGAAUCAAAUGGGAGAGGGGGAAAAAAAAAAGAAUUAAAAAAAAAUUAAAAAAAAAAAAAAAAGGUUAUUUGAAGGCGUAAGAGAGAGAAAAAAAAUUAAAAAUGCAGAAAAAAACUACAAAAAGCACAAAAAAGGAAAAAAAAAGAAAAAAAGAGAAAAAAGAGUAAAAAAAAAGUUUUAAAAAAGUGAUGUUUGCCACUUUUUAAAGGAACUCACUAUGGCGUCUAUGUAUUCUUACCCACUGAAUCUGGAUACCAUUUGUGAAUAAGCCAUUCAGAACUUGCAUUCCCUAUUGGACAGGAUCUCUAGUGCUGUGAAAAAAUAAAAUAAAAUAAAAUAAAAAACGCUGAACAUUGCAUAUAACUUAUAUUGUAAGAAAUAUGUACAUUUGAGGAAGACUUUAUUGCAUCUGAGGAGCUGUAAAGAAAAAGGCAUGAAGGACUCCGAGAGAUUUUUUUUAAAGGAAAA